AUGGCCAGCAUUUCCAUUUCUGCCCCCGGUGCGGGUGGCUUUUUGUAUAAUUCCGGCCAUAACACGGCUCGGUUGUGCGUGACGGCUGAGACACCGGAUUUUGAUACUUCGCUGUUACGCCGCUGGCAGGAUGAGGGUCUCGAUGUGCAGUACGUGCCGUUCAACGGCGGAGGAAAGGACUACAUCCUGCGAUUGAAGUCGGUGAAGGAGGGGUUGGGGGUUGGGGAGAAUUAUGCUGUUGUUGCGUUCGGCGACGCCGCCUCCUUCUGUCUGGACUACUACAUCAAACCCACCACCUCGAGUCGUCUCUGCGCGCUCAUCGCAUACUACCCGACCAACAUCCCCGACCCCCGGAUGCGCUUCCCCCCGACGCUGCGCGUCAUGACGCAUCUGGCCGGCAGCACGGUCGACGUGACGACCACCCCGACCAUGCUGGGUCUGCAGGGCAAGAGACGAACGACGACGCGACAGAUCAACCCCGGCAUUGGCACUGGCGAGCGCCUGAACAUCGGCCACCUGGCGUAUACGUACGAGCACGCGCAGCCGGGGUUCGCCGAGACGGACCUGGACGAGUAUGAUCGGCUGGCUAGCGAGUUGGCCUGGAGUCGCACGCUGCAGAUGCUGAGGAAGGGGUUCGGCAAGGAUCCGGACAUCGAGGAGAAAUGGGAGGAGCAUCUAGAAGCGAGAUUCUUCUCCAUGAACCUCUCCGAUACCAUGGCUGCUUAUACCAGCCAGGUCGCUCCCACAGUGACCUACACGCCCACCAUAAGCGGCGGAAUCGGCACACACGCCCUACGCCGCUUCUACGAGCACCACUUCUUGAAAAGGCUACCGCCGUCGAUGCGUCUACGGCUGAUCUCUCGCACGCAAGGCACCGACCGCGUCGUGGACGAGCUCUUCGUGACAUUCGAGCACACGCACGAGAUCCCGUGGAUGCUACCCGGCGUGCCACCGACCAAUAAGCGCGUGGAGAUCGUGAUCGUCAGCAUCGUGAGUCUGCGCGCCGGCAAGCUCUACUCCGAGCACGUGUACUGGGACCAGGCCAGCGUACUGGUGCAGGUGGGCUUGCUGGAUCCGAAACUCGUUCCGCAGGGCGCAUCGUCGACCGUGGAUCGAUUGCCCGUCGUGGGCCGGGAGGCGGCGCGGCGGAUGCUGCAGGAAGAUCCGGAGCUUGACGGCAAGGACUUCCACAAUCGAUUGAUUCGGAGGGCGCGGGCCAAGGCGAAGGGGAAGGAUGGCGAGCCGCAGACCCCGGCGGUUGAGGAGUCCGGCGCUGAGGGUAAAAGUGAGUUGGAUACGCCGUUGAAGGAGCCCAAGGGGAAGGGCAAGGCGGUGCAGCAGGAGUCGCGUCAAGCUGGGCCGCAGCCAGAGACUGAAGCCGAGGGUGAAGAUGGAGAGGACGGUCAGAAUGGAGAUGAUCAGAACGGAGAUGGUCAAAAUGGGCACGUGGAUGGAAAGAACGCUGCCUCUGUGGAGGAUGCUCAGGAUGAGGAUGAGUAA